CCUGACCUCAGUCUUUAUUGAUCUUGGUAUCAGCACCUCUAGUGACGUGUCCUGAAGGGUGGGAGAGAAUUCACAAGUGCCUCACACAUAGGGAAAGAAGAAAGUCCAACUAUUGCUGCAGAAAGUCCCCACUGGGGAGGUGCGGGUAGAGUGUUUGGGUAGUAUUAAACAGUGAGUGCCCUGUGAGAAGCACAGUGCCUGGGUGCCGCACUUUGCAUCAGCUCGGAUAUUGAAAUCAGAAACAGAAGACUUUGAAGCCGGCCAGUAAGGGAUUGUCAGGCAGUUGACUAAUGCUUUUGAUUUGAAUCGGAGGCUGCUGUGAAAAGGGAUGCGGCUUCUGCUAGCCACUGUGAACUUCUGAAUCUCACUAGGUUUGGGUCUGCUUUGGGGGACACAGAUACCCCCCGUAUUUCCAAACCAGCUUUCCCUUUUGCUUCAGGACAUAUUUUACCCAAGCCUGCACUAUGGAGCAGUUGGACGGUAAUGAGGGCACCUCGGCUUUUCACAUGCCUGAGUGGAUGCAGAUCCAGUUUGCUGACCAGAAGCAAGAAUUCAACAAACGUCCCACCAAAAUUGGACGUCGCUCUCUGUCUCGUUCCAUUUCUCAGUCAUCUACUGACAGCUACAGCUCGGCGGCUUCAUAUACAGAUAGCUCUGAUGAUGAGACAUCCCCCAGGGACAAGCAGCAAAAGAACUCUAAGGGAAGCAGUGACUUCUGUGUCAAGAACAUCAAACAAGCAGAGUUUGGACGAAGAGAAAUUGAAAUUGCUGAACAAGAAAUGCCUGCACUGAUGGCUUUGAGGAAGAGAGCUCAAGGAGAAAAGCCUUUGGCUGGAGCCAAAAUCGUGGGUUGCACACACAUCACUGCUCAAACUGCUGUGCUUAUGGAAACUCUGGGUGCUCUGGGGGCCCAGUGCCGAUGGGCUGCCUGCAACAUCUAUUCCACUCUCAAUGAAGUGGCUGCUGCUCUGGCAGAAAGUGGAUUUCCUGUCUUUGCCUGGAAGGGAGAGUCAGAAGAUGACUUUUGGUGGUGCAUUGAUAGAUGUGUGAAUGUGGAGGGCUGGCAGCCAAACAUGAUCUUGGAUGAUGGAGGGGAUCUUACCCACUGGAUUUAUAAAAAGUAUCCCAACAUGUUUAAGAAAAUCAAGGGCAUAGUAGAGGAGAGUGUUACUGGAGUUCAUAGGCUGUACCAGCUGUCCAAAGCUGGGAAGCUGUGUGUUCCAGCCAUGAAUGUCAAUGACUCAGUCACCAAACAGAAAUUUGACAACCUCUACUGUUGCCGUGAAUCAAUUCUUGAUGGACUUAAAAGGACAACAGACAUGAUGUUUGGUGGAAAGCAAGUGGUAGUCUGUGGCUAUGGAGAGGUGGGGAAAGGGUGCUGUGCUGCCCUGAAAGCCAUGGGCUCCAUUGUGUAUGUAACUGAAAUUGACCCCAUCUGUGCCCUGCAAGCCUGUAUGGAUGGAUUUCGACUGGUGAAAUUAAAUGAGGUCAUCCGGCAAGUGGACAUUGUUAUUACCUGUACAGGAAACAAGAAUGUGGUAACCAGAGAGCACUUGGACCGUAUGAAGAAUAGCUGCAUCGUUUGUAACAUGGGACAUUCCAACACAGAGAUUGAUGUGGCGAGUCUGCGGACACCAGAACUGACCUGGGAGCGAGUGAGAUCUCAAGUUGACCAUGUGAUAUGGCCUGAUGGCAAGAGGAUAGUACUGCUGGCAGAGGGCCGCCUGCUGAACCUAAGCUGCUCCACAGUGCCUACAUUUGUGCUGUCAAUCACUGCUACUACUCAGGCGCUUGCCUUGAUAGAGCUUUACAAUGCUCCUGAGGGUCGCUAUAAACAGGAUGUCUACCUGUUGCCCAAGAAAAUGGAUGAAUAUGUGGCCAGUCUACACCUGCCUACCUUUGAUGCCCACUUGACAGAGCUGACAGAUGAACAGGCCAAGUAUCUGGGACUCAACAAGAAUGGGCCCUUCAAGCCUAAUUACUACAGGUAUUAAGUUCCUGUAACUCAAACCAGAAGUUUUAAGGAAUAGAACUUCAAGCCUUUUCUCCACUACUAUAUAAGAAGGAAUUCAGCAAGCUGCUUCUCUAAUCACAGCUGCCUGCCGUGCUCACCCUGUGUGUUUGGUUAUUUAUUUAUUAAAAUCAAGAAUCCUGUGCCUGUAGCAUUGGCCCAGAGUGUGGUUACUGCCCUGAGGGCCAUGAGAGAGCCACAGAGGAUGGACUGAUGAGGGAAAGACAUGGGGUAACUGCUCCCAGUGCAUCAUUCACAUCAUUCCCCAUUGACUGAAUCCUCAGGAGUGGCCAUUUUUCCUCUUGUCCAGGCUCAUGAGUUAGUCCAGGGAUUCCAUACUUCUCAUUCCCUGGAGUUUUCUGGAAUAAAUUUUCAGCACCUGCCUUUCUCAGCUUUGGCCCUUCCCCAGGUGAGGCCGUUUGAAAUUAACAUGGCCAGUGUUUCACACAAGAUUGGGUUCGCAAUCUUGACCAUCACUAUCACUGCCUUCUUUAUAUAAAGGCUAAUAAGGAAGGAAUGUUAUUUAUGGCUUUGCUAAGCUAUGUCAGGAACUCAGCUGUGCUGUGCCUACCAGGGGUCUCCUUUCUUACCUUGGACUCCUUUCUUCUCUUUGAAUAUUUAUGUCCAUUUUAACACUUUCUCGUUGCAAGAGGGAUGUGCCUCCGUUAUUUCCUCCACAGUUUUGGUAUUUGUCAGACAUUUGUUCUGCUGUCUUUCUAAUCCAGCCAACCUCUGCUCAGGAAGUGGGGCCAGCUCCACUGGGACCCAUAGUUUUACUUCCUUGUCAUUUAAUUGGAUAGUUUCCAAGGAAGCCCCUCCAGAUUGUCACUAUCUCAGAAAAGGAGAGCUUGUUGUGAAACACUGCUUCCUGAAAGUUCCUGCUAUUGCCUAACCCUACGUCUGAAACUGAGUAGGGAAAGGCAUACUUUUCCAGGGAGACUCACAGCUUGAUACCCCAACAAAGCAGAGCAUAUUUACUUGUUUCCUAAGAAGGCCAUUGCAGCUUGACUGUCUAAGGGAUACAGAGAUGAAAUCGUAAACUGUAUCCAGAUUAUCAAAGCUAAUUUGAAGAGUUUGAACCUCAUCAGACAUUCAUUCCUUUGGCCAUUGCUAUGGAUGAAACCGAGAUCUGCAAUCUGAUCUGUGGUCUUCUCUGCUGGCAUGUAUUUUAUGAUUUAACUUCUUCCAUUUGAGGAUUCUCUAUUUCAGAGGCAGUUUCUUGAGUAACUCCAGUGUUACAAAAAGAAUUAGUAAUGUGGUAUGGGCAGCAUGAUAUUUUAUGUCCCAUCCAAAAAUUGGAUUCCUUUUGGAGACUGAUCUGCUGGUCUCAAGGGUUUCAUUGGGACCAGAUUGGUUAAAGAGUUAAAGUCUGGAGUGGUCCUAGAAACUUGAAUUAAAUAAGCCUCUUCCCCUUGCCGAUCCUAUUCAACACUCUCAGGUUGGUUUGUUCCCCACUUUUUUCCUAUGCUGGUCUGCCUAAAAGUCUCAAGACCAAGAUGACUCAAGGAAACACCAGACCACCCAUGAUCACUAUAACCUUCCUAUCCUGAUUCUCUCUUCUACCUCCACCCUCUCCAGCUUCUCCUGGUCUUCACAUAUAUUCUCAGAGCUAGUCUGAAAGUGACCUUACUUUUGGAAGUAGGGAAGUGGAACUUUGGUAAAUGACUCUUUGUCUCAUUAAAUAGUAUACAGGCUCAGCCCAUAGACUACAGUUCUUCAGAGGCCAUAUGUGUUAGCAAGUACUGGUUAUAUUCUUUUUUUAUAAGGAAGAUCAUAAAUGCUAAAAAUUCCCACUGAGCCAUUCAGUUCUUCCUUUUGCCUACCUAGGCCUAUUUUUUAUAUUAAUUGGGUCCCUUUAGCAAGAGAUUCAGAUUGUUGUACCUUAUCUUAUAUCCAGAGUAGAUUCCAUUUGGCAGAUAUAUGGUCUCUAGCCUAUUGUAUUCUUAGCCCCAAAAUCAUAACCUGCUGUUUCUCAGCAAAGGCUUGCUCUCUGGAACUUACUAUGUGCUGGUACUUAAAGAAUACACUCUGCCUUGCUGUAGUGAAGAGACCCACUCCAAAUAAAAAGGAGCCACACUGGACUUCUGAGUUAGGUUGCCAGUGUUGCUGCCCAUGAUGAGAUAUUUGCCUCUGAGUUUCAGAUGACCUCUCUUCUUUGUAGGAACCUGUGCCAUCAACCAUUAAAAAGAAAGAGCCACAGGCCUCCCAAGUAUUUGGGCUCUAUCUUAGUGUUGGAAUCUGGUCAUUAUUCCCUCUGCCCUUGGAAUCAGGGCAAUGUGUCAUCUUUCCUCAAGCCUCUUACCUUAGAUGCAUCCCAGUUAUCUGGAAGCAUGGGAAAGAAGGCUAAUUAUCUCUUUGUAUGUGGCUCCAGUCUGUGAGGUUACAUACCAUUUUCUCUACAAUGAAUUUGUGCUAGUUUUUUGCCUUCUUUCUUUUCUUUUCCCCAUUAGAGACAGGGUUUCACUAUGUUGCUCAGGCUGGUCUCAAACUCCUGGGCUCAAGCAAUCCUCCUGCUUCAGCUUCCUGAGUAGCUAGAACCACCAGUGUGUGCUACCAUGCCUGGCCCUUUUUUGCCUUUUUCAUGGAGAUAUUCAGUUUUCUUUUCUUUUCCUUUCUUUUUUUUUUUUUUUUUUUUUUUCAUUUAACAACAACAAAAAUGUAUCUAAUCUACCUUCCCUCUGCUGUCUUCCCUCCCCAUCCUACUUGCCCAUAUGAGCGCGGCUCCCCGUGGCCACAUACUCCUGCAAAGCUUUUUUGCUGCUUGGCUUUUCUCUGAACAGAUCUGAUAUUGCUGCUCCUGUGGUUUUCUCAAAAUUAACUUUGUGAUGGUUUUUAAAAAAGGAAUCAAAUGCAUCAUUGCAUUAAGCUUUUUCAAUAAAGGAAAAUUACAGAAGGAAAAUAGGCAACACCAGCAAAUUAUAUGUGGACAAGUUCUAAACUAUAUAUAUACAUAUAUAUACACGUAAUCAUCUAGUUCUGUCAUCUUACUGAAAGGAAUAAAACUUCUAAGGAUCACCAUUUCUGAGAAGUUCUUGGAAAUCUUUAUGUCUAAGUGAUUGUAUUAGAUCAGCAAUAAUGACUGUGUAAUCUUGAAAAACAAAUAAAAUAUUCCUAACAUGGA